AUGAGCAUGGACGACCCCGUUGAGAUGAUUCGCGAAUUGCAGCAGAAAAUGGACGAGAUGCAGCAGCGCCACGAGGACGAGAUGGCGGCCGUGAAGGCCGACUGCGAAGCCCAGAUAGCUCAAGAGGUUGGACGGAUAGAUGGGGGAGAGCGAGUAAAGGAUAAAGGGAAGGAGGUGGCGGGAGAGCGCCCGCCCCCGGAUACCGAGUGUGAUAGGACUUGGAGGCCCACCGGAUCUGAAGCAGAAGGAAGCAAGGCUAGAUCGGUGCAUGCGGAGAGCGCGGCUGAGGAUGGGCGGAUGGUAGUCAAGUCGGAGCCUUCAUCCGCCUUAUUGCUUCCAUUCACCCAAAACAUAAUGAAUGUCCAAAUCUCGGAGCAAUUUGUGGCCCCGCAGUUCAAAAUGUAUAACGGGACAACGGAUCCUGCGUCCCAUAUCCAAACGUUCUCGAACGCAAUGGCGUUUCGAACAGGCAACGACGUCAUUUGGUGCCGAGCGUUCUCACUCUCAUUGGAGGACGAAGCGUUGGAAUGGUUCAAUACUCUCCCCCCUAAUUCAAUAGAAAACUUUAUCGGGUUAAAGCAGCUAUUCAUUAAACAAUUCGCGGCCAGCAGUGCCCAAGACUUGACCGUAUUCGAAUUAAUGACCCUCAAGCAGGGGAAGGAUGAAGCGCUGCGGACGUUUAUGGACAGGUAUCAAAAGACCGUCCGGCGCGUGAAAAGCCCGACGCCAGAGCUCGCCCUUCACUAUAUCCUGCCGGCUCUAAGGCCGGGGCCGUUUAAGGAUAGCGUCUGCAGACGAAUGCCCAAAACCAUGGAAGAGUUGAGGGAGCGAGCGACAGAUGAGAUAAGGGUGGAGGAGAUGAAGCUCUCCUACAAAAAGGAAAAUCAAGAAGCCAGGGAAGCAAGGACGGACGGUAAUAAGCCCGGCUCGUCGACGGGAAAAACGUCUGGUCCUAGGCCUAGAGCGGAGAGAAAGGGACCUCGCUUCCCACAGUACACGCCUCUAAACUCCUCAAGGGAGAAAAUUCUCCGAGAGGCCCUGAGUGCAGAAUUGAUACCGGAGCGGGAAGGGCACCCAACUCCAAAGAAUGCUGAUUGGAGCAAGCACUGUGCAUACCAUAAAAAUAUGGGCCAUACCACCGAGGAGUGUUGGACCCUCAGGGAUAAGAUAGAGGAGCUCAUCCGGGCAGGAAAGCUUAAGAAAUACGUCCGUGAUGAGCGCCCGCCACAAUCAACCGAACGGCCUGCUCAGAGGUCCGCGUACCGAAAAGAUAAGCCGAGGAGCGCGAGAGCGGAGCGACCCCGUUCAGAGACGCGACCAAGCCGAAGUCGAAGCCGCAGCCGGGAACGCCCCUUGAGAGGACAUAUCAACACUAUUUCUGGAGGAUUCGCGGGAAGAGGAUCGUCUUCCUCCGCCCGUAAGCGCCAUGUUCGGGCCCUCCAAUCCGUGCAUUUGGUGGACAAGCCACGCCGCUCCAUGCCGCCCAUUACCUUUUCGGACGAAGACUUUCACGCCCCUGAUCUUGACCAGGACGACCCGAUGGUCAUAAUGGCAGAGAUAGCGCGGUAUGGGAUCAGUAAGGUUUUGGUUGACCAGGGAAGCUUGGUCAACAUCCUCUAUUGGAAGACCUUCCUGCAGAUGGAUAUCUCGGAGGACCUCAUCGUCCCUUAUGAUGGGCAGAUAGUGGGCUUCGCGGGAGAAAGGGUCGACACUAGGGGGUAUGUAGAAUUGAGGACAAGAUUGGGAACCGGACGCUCCAGCGAGGAGAAGAGGGUCCGGUACCUGCUGGUAGAAGCUAACACGUCGUACAACGUACUGCUCGGAAGGCCGUCUCUAAACGCGUUUGGGGCAAUCGUCUCUACCCCUUACAUUACGAUGAAGUAUCCCUCCGGAAAGGGGACCGUCUGCACGGUCCGGGCGGACCAGAAGACAGCCCAGGAAUGCUACGCGGCGGGGUUGAAGCUGCACCUUCGACCAGUAAAGAGGCGGGCGGCCGGCUCUGAGGUGGCCAUGGCGGACCUCGACCCAAGGACGAAUAUCGAGGACCGUCUGGAGCCUAUUGGAGAAACCCAACCUAUCUUGAUAGGAAGGGAGCCCGCUCAGACCACUCUCAUCGCCAGGGAGCUGAACCCUGAGGUGGAAAAGGAGCAGCUGAUAUGUCGGGCAUCCAUCCUGCAGUGA